UCUAAAUAUAUUACUCAAGGGGCUCUGCGGACUCAUCUUAGUUUUACACUAUCAUUGCUCUUUUAUUGUAUUAUAUUGGCAAUGAUCAUUAAAGAAAUUGAGGAUGUUGUACAGAAGUACGUGGAAGCUUCUUCUAAACAAUGGGGAAGGUAUUUGAUAACCGAGAAACAACUGUCUCCCGGAGAAAUCAUUCUUCGAGAGAAGCCUCUCGCAGUGGGACCAGCAGUUUUCAAUAAGAAUUUAUUAUGCUUCGGUUGUUCGAAGAUAAUUCCAAAUGAUCCAAUUCAGAUGGGUAAGGUUCAAUGUAAGACCUGUGACACCGCCAUUUUCUGUAGUCCCCCAUGUGAAGAACGUCAAGGGUUACAUACGCAUUUAGAAUGUGGAGCGUUCAAGAAAUGUGGACACCUCAAGGAUCUAGACUGGACAGAAUUUCGACAUAUUAUUUUUCCAUUGCGACUGUGGCUUCUCCGGGAGGCGAACGAAGAGUCCUGGGAAGAGAUAAUGAAGCUGGAGGCGCAUUUAAAAGAGCGGAAAGAUACACAAGUCUGGCACGAUCGUCAGGAGACCGUUAUCAAUGUUCUAAAGAGAGUGGGAUUGGUAGAUAAUUCUGAUGACUUACUUCAAAGAAUUUGUGGAAUAAUCGACGUUAAUUCCUUUGAGCUACGAUCCCCAGGGGCUCUUGACAAUUCUCUUCUCCGAGGGUUGUAUCCCAAGGCGGCGUUGAUGGCGCACGAUUGCAGGGGAAAUACUUACUUAACUGUUGAUGAUGAUUUCAACUUGACAGUUUACGCUAGUGUUUCAAUUGAAAAAGGUGGGGCCAUUCUUUUUAAUUAUACCUCUUCAUUAAUGGGAACGUUCGACAGGCGAACAUUCCUGUGGACAGGAAAGUACUUUAAUUGUAACUGUGCGAUGUGUCGGCAUCCCGAAGAACUUGGGGCCCAUCUUAGUUCAAUUUUGUGUCCUCGAUGCAAAAAAGGAUAUGUGGGGGUUGAAGAGCCAUACGUUGUAAAUACUUUCAUUCGGAAAAGAAAUUGGUUUUGUGGAAAUUGUAAGAGAUUGUACUCCGGAAAACUCAUCAGAGGUACAUUGGAUUUGGCUGAAUGGCAAAUUAUGAGAUAUCAUCAUUUAACUGCCAAGGACUUGGAGAAAUUAAUCGAGAAUCUUACUAGGACAUUUCAUCCACACCAUUCCCUAUUAUUGAAUCUGAAGCAAAAAUUAUUAACAAUUUAUAGAAAAGAACUGAUGAGUUUACAUCCAGAGAAACAUAUUUUGCGAAGGAUGGUAGAACUGUGUAGAGAAUUAGUUGAGGUCUUGGAGAUUGUUGAGCCAGGUAUUUCGAGGCUGAAAGGCAUUAUGCUGUACGAAAUGCAUCGUCCAAUUGUCAUCCUCGCGAAUCGUAUGUACGCGUCCCGAGAAAUCUCAUCCGAGGAAUUGGCCAUUCGUCUAGAGGAAGCCACAAAGUAUUUGAAAAAUGCACUGUCGAUGCUCCUCCUUGAACCUGCUUCCACCCCCGAAGGAUUGUUAGUAAAACGAGCGCUUCAGGAAUAUAAAACACUCAAUCAAAGGUUGGAGGAUGUAAGGUCUCUGCCGUCUGCCUCAGAAUCGUCGAUUACUUUCUCUCAUUACUUGUAAAAAAAAACUAAAUUUAAGGAAGCAAAAGGAUGUUUACUAUUAAUAAUCGGCAAAGCAAAAAGUGUAUAUUGUAAGCAUACAUGUUAGGAAUGCACGUUGCGCGUGUCCUAUUUGAACUUCCCACGGCUAUCACAUUGGCCAAUUAGAAGAAAGUAUUAAGAAUGAAGUUAGCCGAUGGUUAAUGUAGCUAACUUAAAUUAUGUACUUGUACUAUGUACUUAAGUUAUGUACUUGUGUAAUAAAAUAAUCAUCAUCGUUAAUGAAAUUAUACAAUUUCCGCGCAUAAGGUAUAUAUAUGAUAUAAUAAAUAUUUUAUGAAUAUAUUAUAUUCAUAUAUACCUCACAUAAAUUAUAAGCAGCACAUACCAUACCGGAGCCUGCGCGAUGUGUCAGAGAUUAUAGGGGGAGGUGUUGUGUGUGGUAGUAUCUAUACUGGUGCUCUGUCGGUGUAACGGUUGGAACGGUUGCAAAUAAUUGUUGUCAGCAAUUCCGUUGUUUAACCUCAGAAAUGUCUUUUCGAGGAGAGUAUUAUUUCAAUUAUACUUUUCAACACUA